AUGUCGCUGUCCCAAUGGUUGACUCGGGAUCAAAUGGGGAAGAAAGUAGCGCUUGCUCGGGGUUCUUCCGAGGAUCCGGAGGAUAUCCAUCAUGAAGCAAUGGUGGAUACGGGGAACAUGGAUCUAGCGCAACGUCUCCUAGUCUCGGAGGCGAGGGAACAAUUCCGAGAUGACGAUGAUGGUCAAGACGCGGUCGACAUCCUGACCGUUCCGAUCAGUUACUAUCCGGGGAACAUUUUCGCCGAGGAGAGUCCAUUGGAGGCCUGGCGGAUUCGACCUUCCGUCGCUGAUGGACAAGACUGGCCGAACGUCGAGAAGGCGAAGUCCACCGUAGAGUCGGUGGAAGCUAUUCUCCGAGAUCUCAACGCGCACGGGGUUUCGUUCAUAAUUCCGAAGGAAGACCAGAGGCCUUGGUCACCGCCGAGAGGUUAUCAAUGCGUCUAUGAGUCGUACUUUCAGAACGACACAAAGCUGUGGUUUCCGAUUCCUCGAAUCGUCAUAGCUUACACAUUCCGCAGGGGAGUUGCUCUGAGUCAGUUGAUGAACGGCUCGCUUUGUCUGAUGGUCGUUCUGUCGGUGAUCGCAGCUGAGGCGGGGACAUCGUUGAGCGUAAGAUCGUUUGAGGAGCUGACUUCGGUCUCAAUUUCUGAUGAUGGGCUAGUCUCGACGAGAAUGCGCCCGAACUACAACGUGGUCACCGGGUAUCCGACCAAAACCUCAGAUUGGCAGCGUUCGUACUUCUAUGUGAAGUCGAAUAGGUCGGCGUUUGAGGAACCGCCGAGAUCUAAGGAUUGGAUCUCGGAUUCACUUCCCCACAUCAAUCAGUCGACAACGAAGAGGUUGUCGCUUUUCACACGAGCUGAGCAGAAAGAAAUUAACCGAGCCAAAUCCAUGAAGCAAUUGCCAGAUCUCAGUCUUAUUGUGGCCGGGAAGAUAGGUGCCAAGAAAGGUGCUUCCGGAAGCAAAGUGGGUCCCCCGGGGGCAGAGGUCGCUGCUGCUGCUCCCGUUGCUGCCGAGCAAGCGCUCACUGGCGGCUCUUCCCAGAGAAAGAACUCAAGGAAGAAGAAGAAAGAUGUCGAGGCUCGGGGGGAGCCUAAUGAGGAAGGGAACGUCGAGCAAACCGGCGCGGGUGGUACCUCCAAGAAGGGAGGUAAGAAGAGGAAGGCCGGGGAUCCGCCUACAGAGGAUGCUCCCAAGAAGAAGAAGAUGAAGAAGAAAGACUUCACUCUGCCCCGCCCAUCCUCUGUCUGUGAAGAGGAACUUCAGGUUCUGGUCCCUGAAGCUGUCUCCGAGGUUAGAACCUCUGAUGAUGAUGAGGAUGAGACCGUCGCAUUACGUCUGGGGAGGUGGGAGAGACGGACUGUUGAUGAAGGGUCUCGUGGAGCCUUUGCGGAUGAUCGGGACAUCUCGGAGACUUCGAGGAAAUCACCAGUCUCCGAGGGACAACGAGGCCGCUUGCUCGACGAGUCUCCUGCUCGUAUUGCAGAGGGAUCCGAGACCCGUGUGUCCGGACGUCCCAAGGAAACCCCGGAAGAUGGAUUUAAAUUUGAGUUCGAUCGUGGGCUUCCAUUGACCUUUCACCCGGAAGAUUGUGGUCGUUUACUGCAGCUGAUUAAGGGCGGUCCCGACCAGCUUCCUCCGGUGAGAGAUCUCGUUUUUAAGGACGAGUAUGAACACGCCACUUGCUCGUCUGUAAAAAGUCAAGGCGAUUCGAACGUACUCGUCGAAAAGUACGACACGGCGCUGAAGCGAGCAAAAGAGAAGAUUCACGAGGGCGAGGAAGCGAGGAAGAAGGCCGAGGAGGCUCUCCGGGCUGCAGUGCGAGAUAAGAGUGAUGCAAUUGCUCGGGAAAAGGCGCUCAGGAAGGCGUUCGACGAGACAAGGACGGCUGAUGCGGCUGACUUGCAACUAAGAAAGAAGUCCAUGAAGGACCUCGAAUCCGUGGUGGAUAAGUUGGGGAAGGAAAAGGCUGAUCUUGAGAAGGUGAGGGCCGCGGAAUCACUGAAGCACACCGAGGAGAUGAACAGACUUCGUAAAUCUCGCAAAUACGAAGUUACGCACGAGAGGAUCCGUGUGAUGAUUGCUAUGAUCGCCAAAGCUGAAAAACACUUUCAUCGGAUUUCUCUUCGCGAAGAUCAAAGGGACAAAUACGAUGAUGCUCGGUGCCUGUACAGCCAAGCUUUCGGGACGAGGAAAUGUCUUGAGCAGAUCAAGGACUUGGGAAUUGAAAUCCCGCAAGAGACCAUUGAUACUUUCGCCGAGCAAGAGGAGCAUUAUGAGCGGGAAGCAACUCGUUUGGAGGUUAAGGAGAUUCCGGUGGAAGAUCUUCGCCUUUCUCCGCUAGUGUUGGAAUCUCGAGGGGAUGCCUACGUACCUCCGAGGAGGAUCAAGCCUUUCGUAGUUCGUUUUGGCCCGAGCAAAAACGACUUGGUAGUCAUUUACUUGGACGAGUAG